CCGUUUUUUUUUUUUCCUCCUCCUCCUCUUCGGGGAAAGAUGUCCGCCGCCGGAGAGGUGCUGGAACGGAUGGUGGUUUCGUCGGAAUUGAGCGGCUCCGGUGCCGCCCCCGCAGCGGCUUCUCCACCCUCGCCUUCCGCUCCGGUAGCUGUGACGGCAGCCGUUCCCCCAGUGACGGUCGUGGCGGCGGUUGGAGGAGGCGGCGAUGAGGAGGAAGAGUGGCUGUAUGGCGAAGAAAAUGAAGCUGCAGGUCCGGAUGAUGAUGAGGAAGACAUAACAAGCUCUCAUCCAGUGCCCAGUAUUGAAGCAGAGACAACUACAGAGAAUGGGGUAGUGAAACCGGUGACUGAGACGGAAGAUGACAGUGAUAGCGACAGUGAUGAUGACGAAGAUGAUGUUCAUGUCACAAUAGGUGAUAUCAAAACCGGAGCACCACAGUAUGGGAGCUAUGGAGCAGCUCCAGUUAAUCUGAACAUCAAAACUGGAGGGAGAAUCUAUGGUCCAGCUGGAGGAAAGGUUAAAGGAGUGGAUUUGGAUGCCCCUGGAAAUAUUAAUGGAGUACCACUGGUGGAAGUAGACUUGGAUUCAUUUGAGGACAAACCUUGGAGGAAACCAGGUGCUGAUCUCUCAGAUUAUUUCAAUUAUGGUUUUAAUGAAGACACAUGGAAAGCUUACUGUGAGAAGCAGAAAAGGUUACGGAUGGGUCUCGAAGCACUUCCUGUGUCCUCUACAACAAAUAAAAUUACGGUACAACAGGGAAGAACUGGAAAUUCAGAGAAAGAGACUGUUCUGCAGACUAUAAAACAAGAGUUCACAUCUCCUACUACAGUAUUUAAAAGUGGGACUGCACCCCCUAGUAGGAAGCUGUCGGGUACAAUUGAUGUCAUUGGUCAGACUACUACAAUUACUCGUGUGGAAGGACGGCGGCGUGGUGCAAAUGAAAGCAAUAUACAGGUUGUUUCAGAACAGUCCCCAUCUGAAGUGGACAACAAUUUCAUCAAACCACCACCACCAUUUUUCCCCCCUGGCGCUCCACCUACCCAUCUUCCUCCUCCUCCACUAUUUCCACCUCCUCCAAAUGUCACCACAGCACCUCCACUUAUCCCACCUCCAGGAUCUGGAUUGCAGUUGUCUUUCUCCAUGCAGAAACCAUCCAGAUAUGGAAUUCCCAUCACUGUUCCUCCACCAGGUUUUCCACCUCCACAUGGUGGACCACCACCAUCACUUAUUCCUACCAUUGAAAGUGGACACUCUACAGGCUAUGAUGGACGGUCGACACCAGCAUUCCCAUAUGGAGGUGUGUCUUUUCCGCACAUGCCUGGUUCUGCUGGUCCAUGGUCAAGUCUGGUAGACACCUCCAAACAAUGGGAUUACUACCCUAGAAGAGAGAAAGACAGAGAUCGGGAGAGGGAUCGAGACCGUGAACGAGAUCGGGAGAGGGAUCGAGAUCGCGAGCGUCCUCGAGAAAGAGAUCGGGAAAGGGAACGAGAAAGAGAUCACAGUCCAAGUGUUGGCGCUUACAAUAGUGAAGAAGAACGCUACAGAUACAAAGAGUACACAGAUCGAACGGAGCGGGGGUAUGAACGGCACAGAGAGAGAAUUAGCAGAGAAAAGGAGGAAAGACACAGGGAAAGGAGGCACAGAGAAAAAGAAGAGACAACCCGGCAUAAAUCAUCUCGGAGCAGCAGCAGGCGCCGUCAUGACAGUGAAGAAGGUGACACUCACAGGCGGCACAAACACAAAAAAUCCAAACGAAGCAAAGAAGGGAAAGACACCGGAGCGGAACCUGCGCCAGAACCCGAAAGUAUUGAAGGAUCAACUGCUGAUUAGGCAGGCCUCACCAAAAUCCAGUGCAGAAGCUACUAUCAGUUUUACUAAGAUGCAUUAUGGUCCAGAAAACCAAUAAAUCAAUAUUUUGUCUAGGAUAUUGAAGUAUAAUUUUUUUUUUUUUCCUCUGUAGUGUGACCUUGUUUCAAUUGUUUGUUACACUUUACCUUUUUGUUUGAUAUCCGCGGGAAAUAAAGAGGGGAUUUUUUUCCAUGUUUAGGUUAUUAUAUUGGCUUCUGUCUUUCCCUUUUGUUUUUGUUGUGUGGAUGUGUCCAGUAAAAUUUGAUUCUAACAUG